GUCUCAGAAUCUCAGAAUCUCAAGAAUCUCAGAAUCUCAGAAUCGCAGAAUCUCAGAAUCUCAGAAUCUCAGAAUCUCAGAAUCUCAAAAUCUCAUAGUCUCAGAAUCUCAAAAUCUCAGAAUCUCAGAAUCUCAGAAUCUCAAAAUCUCAUAGUCUCAGAAUCUCAAAAUCUCAGAGUCUCAGAAUCUCAGAAUCUCAAGAAUCUCAGAAUCUCAGAAUCGCAGAAUCUCAGAAUCUCAAGAAUCUCAGAAUCUCAGAAUCUCAGAAUCUCAAAAUCUCAGAAUCUCAGAAUCUCAAAAUCUCAGAGUCUCAGAAUCUCAGAAUCCAAGAAUCUCAGAAUCUCAGAAUCUCAAAAUCUCAGAAUCUCAGAAUCUCAAAAUCUCAGAGUCUCAGAAUCUCAGAAUCCAAGAAUCUCAGAAUCUCAGAAUUUCAGAAUCUUAGAAUCUCAGAAUUUCAGAAUCUCAGAAUCUCAGAAUCUCAGAAUCUCAAAAUCUCAGAAUCUCAAAAUCUCAGAAUCUCAGAAUCUCAGAAAGAAUACAUGGUUCAUGGCUAGAAAGUACGAGAAACUGUAUGCAUUUGAAUCGAAUUCUGGAUAA